UUUGUUAUUGUUGUCCCACGUGCCUGAAAUUUUUUUGAAAAUGUUCCGGAAACUAAAAUAGUAAUAGAACUGAUAUAAAGCAGAGAAAGAAGAAAGAAAAUAGAUCCAGGAGAUAUAGACUAGACAAUAGUCUAAAACCCUAUAAAAGAAGAAAGAAGAAGAAGAAGAUAUUUUUCUCUUGAAAAAAAGGCAAAACUAGUGGACAUGGCAUAAGGAAAGAGAAAGAAGAAACUAAAUAGAUCCGGGGUAUAUAGCCUGUACAAAAGUCCAAAAGAAGAAAAGAAGAAAGAGGAAAAGUAAAAAAAAAAGAAGAAAAGAAGAAAGAUAAAAGAUAGAAGAAGAAAGAAGGAGAAAUGUUUCAGAAGAAAAGGGGAAGAGAAGGCGAGCGAUUAUGGGUGGUUCCUUGGUUUUCGAGAGAGGAAUGGAUAGAGGUUUACAAAGCAACGUUUUCAGAUGACAUCAAGAAAUGGAGACAUGCUUUUGAGACUAUGACAGUCUGGCAAUCCAGAUUGCAUGGAACACAUAUUGGUAUUGCUGUGACCAGGCAUCUUCUCCUGGCUAAGAUCCUCGAUUCUGACCCUACUGUUAGCAAAGAGCUGAAGUCUGGAGCAAAUGCCAUUGCCAUCACUAAAUUUGUCAGUACAGUCAUCAAAAUUCCUGCCGCCCGCUACCAUGAAGCCCAGUCACAGUCCUAUCUAGCAGAGAAGAUAGGUCUGCCUGUAUACUUGGUUGACCUUAGGAAUGAGGUCAACCACGGCAAUAGGAGCUGGUUUGGAGGUCAGACUGUGCGCAUGGCGGUGGAGACAUGCUAUAAGUGGAUUAAGGGUUACUAUUGGGAUAAAGAGUAUGCCAAAUGCAAAAAGGAAAACAAAGUAGCAGAUACAAGUGUUGCUGACCCAUUACAAUCUUCUGACACGGCCACAGAGACAGACAAAAUCAAAGCAGAUACCGACACAGACAAAGGCCCACCAAACACAGCAGAAGAACCGACCCCAAGCACUGUAAACACCCCCAAUAAACCAAAGCCAGCCGCUCCCCAAGGACUCAGACCAUGGGAAUUCGCAAUGGAGCAACUUCGCUCCUACUGCAGAGAAAUUCUGGAAAAGCCAAGACCAAUGUUUCCGCUUCUAACAGAGGUUCUUCAUGCUAUACAGGAUAAAUAUGAAGAAAAUCCACAGGAGUGUAUAGACAAACUGAUUUCCAUCAUGUUUCUGCCAUCAUAUGUUAAGAAUUUUGGAGCCAAAUUUGCAAAUGAUGGAAAUGAUAGGUGUAAAUGCUUCUUCAGACACAUAGUGCUCCAAAGAUAUGUAUGUGUCAUGAAAAUAUUAAACCACUUCCCUGGAGCCAUGGACUUGCUCAUAUUUUCACUGUUGAAUAAGAGCAGUAGUGAGUUCCAGGAGAUAUCAUAUUACUGGGUCACUACGCUAGUGGAAUCAGAGCUUGGGUAUUACUGUGAGGUGGACAGAUAUCACCAUUUCCAUUUUCCAUACUCCAAUAUUACUCAGUGGAAAAAGCUUGCAGAGCAGCUUUUCCUGAUUGGAAGGGAAUGGAGCUACAAGUUAGGCUUAAGGAUCAUGGAAAGUCCGAAGUCCAACUUUACACAGGACCAAAUAGAUGAAGUGAUCAGCCUGAUCAAGGCAUACAAGAUGAAGAGAAAGGCUGCAAAGAAUGAGGCGGAAAGUAAGUCAAGAAAAGCAGUUGCAGCUCAGAAGAAGGAGGACAUCAAAGAGCAUAGUGCAAGGCUACGAGAGGCAUUGCAGAGGAAUGAAGAGGAAAUAAACUCCGAAGCACUUGAGGAAUGGUUCAGUGUCAAUGAUGUUCUCAAGUCUUCUCUGGACCAUUCGACCUUUGCGUUUAGUAUAGCCGAAGCUGUAAAGAAGUCUUUGAAAACUUCCGAAAAUGAAGAUGACGAUGAUGUAACUCCCCUGGGAAUUCUACCACACCAGCGUGGAAAUCCUCUUUUCUACAAGGAAUUGCUUCUACAUUAUCCCAAGGAAUGCAGAGGUCUACCAGCCACAGAUAGCCAACCACCUGCUAAAAGAUAUAAAUGUUAACAAUAUAACGUGUAGCUUCUUUUGUGGCCAUGUUAUGAAAAUGUGUAUCUCCAUUUUUCUUUUGUUUAUUUUUUAGUUUAUUGUUAUUUCUUAAUUAUGAUUAUGAUUAUUGUUAUUGUUAUUAUUAUUAUUAUUAUUGUUAUUUUUUUAUUUUCAUUGUUAUUCAUCUGACUGUGAAAUGGAUUACAUUAGGAUACUCAAAAUGUAAAAAAAAAGUAAAAGUUUGCACAGUACUUGAAGUAAGGUAAAAUAAUGCACUAUCAAUCUAUGCAAAUACAGAUUUGAAGAAUGUUGAUUAAAAUGGCUGUAAUUAAUGAAUUUCUCAAAAUAAAACAUCUGGUUUGAU